UCUCUCCCGUCCAGGUCUCUUCGUUGUUCUUCUAGAUCGAAGGAUUCCUAGUGAGAAAGAUGGAGGGAAAGACGGAGCUUGUAACGCCCAGCACCUUCCUGCAGAAGGAUAACAAGUUGAAGACAGGCUUGGCUCGCCUUCAUAGCAAGAUUAGCACUGCAGUUGGACCAGAGAAGCCCAUCGAUCUGCUGUUGAGAUACGUUGGGUUGGGGGGAAAAACGGAGGUAGCCGGGAUGGACAUGCCGUAUCACCUCCUCGAGGGACUGGGCCUCAAGGAGCUGGAGGAGCUCAGGCGAGAUAUAGAGGUGUACAAGAAGCUCGAGACGAGUGAUAAAGGGGAGUUCUGGAAGGACAUGGCCAUCAUAGUGGGGGGUAAGCUGAGGAAGCUGUCAAGGAGCGAACACUCGACUCAAGCGGAAACCCACGUCUCCAAUGAGGAAUCCCUAAUUUCCAUGCUCAACGUGCUGAUGGCCCGAGCUCGACUUUGCGAGAACCACCAGACCAGGGUCAACAAGCUGCAGCAGAUGAAAGAGAGAACGACGAAUGGCAAUGCGUUGAACGGAGAGACGAACGGCUUUCCCUCCCCACCAUCUCGCACGGCUCCAAGAUCUCCGAAUGAAGUCGAAGAGGAAAAAGCUGAAAUAAGAGCAAUGGUACUGGAGCUGAUUAACAAGUGCAACAAUAUCCAGCACGUCGAAGAAUCUGCAAUGAGAGAGAGUUCGCCAACUGUCGAAAAAGUCGGGCUGAUUUCUAAGGAAAAGCAAGUAGAAGUGGACGAUUGUGAUCUUUCCUCGAAGGAAAACACUAAUGAAUCCGGCAAGUUUUUCCUCCCACAGCCAGAUCUGAUCGCGAAGCACGGCUACCCCGUGGAGACUCACGGUGACAUCAGACGGGUACAUGCUAGACAUCCACCGGAUCCCCCAUGGUUCGAGCGGACCCGGCAAGGGACCCCGGAUCCCCGUCCUCCUCCAACACGGCCUUCUUUGCUCCUCGGCCGACUGGCUCGUCAGCGGACCCGGAAGGGCACUCGUUGGCACGAGAUGGGAAAAUUCGAUCUGCCGGCGAUCCUGGACGCAAUGACAGAGAAGACGGGGCAGGAAAAAUUGCUAAUGCACCCCGUGUCGUACCCUUGCCACUACAAGACCCAGGAGUCGCUAGUCGCUGGACUUAUGUCGACAGCGAAGGACAGGUACGUACCCUACCCCGGGCACCGGUCCCAGCUAGUGUACCGGUCCCACAUUGGGAUCUUCGCCCCCUUCGUCAAUCCAGUGCAGGCCGUGCUUGAUGUGCUCCUGUGCCAUACGCCAGCGGGGACGUCCGCUCAAAACAUCGUCCAUUUCGCCCAAGAGGUUUAUGCCAAGAAAUUCCAGCAAUACGACUGGGGAAAGGCGAAGAACUUGAAACGCUACGGCAGUAUUGAACCGCCCGAGUACGACUUGUCCAAGGUCAUCACACCGACUUUCCUCUAUUGGGGAAAGAAUGAUUCUCUCGCCGAUCCCACGGACGUGGAGUGGUUAUCGAACCGAUUACCGGCGUCGUGCCUGAUCGGUUGUUACCCAGUGGAUUUCACGGAUUGGAAUCAUCUGGACUUCCUCUACGGUGAGGAUGCCAAGAAACUCGUCUAUGACAAGAUGCUCAACAAGAUGAAACUUAAAAUAGAUACAUAG